AUGGCACUCAUGAACGGCUGCUUGAAUCAUUCAUCUACCAAAUCGGCAAUCUGCCACCGUCAAUCGGAUUUCCCCGCCGCGUCUAGACCGCCGUUUCUUCGGAUCUCAGCGGUUCAGAUCGAUCCAACGUCAAAGACUCCUGUCGCGGCGGCGGCGGUGAAGAAGUCCAUCGGAGUUAAAUUGGAGAAUGCGAAAUGGUCUCCGGAGGCUUGGAAGGCGAAGACUGCGCUGCAGCAGCCAGACUAUCCAGAUCAAACGGAGUUGGAAUCGGUGCUCAAGACCAUUGAAGCGUUCCCUCCGAUCGUGUUCGCCGGUGAAGCUAGAUUGUUGGAAGAGAGGUUAGGUCAAGCCGCCAAAGGAGAAGCAUUUCUUCUUCAAGGAGGAGAUUGUGCCGAGAGCUUCAAGGAGUUCAACGCUAAUAACAUCCGUGACACCUUCAGAAUCAUCCUCCAAAUGGGUGCCGUUUUGAUGUUCGGCGGCCAAGUUCCAAUCAUCAAGGUGGGAAGAAUGGCUGGUCAGUUUGCGAAGCCAAGAUCAGACUCAUUCGAGGAGAGAGACGGCGUGAAGCUGCCGAGUUACAGAGGAGACAACAUCAAUGGAGAUGCCUUUGAUGCCAAGUCAAGGAUCCCUGAUCCACAGAGGAUGAUCAGUGCCUAUUGCCAGUCUGCAGCCACUCUGAAUCUCCUCAGAGCCUUUGCCACCGGUGGUUACGCCGCUAUGCAGAGAGUCACUCAGUGGAAUCUUGAUUUCGCUGAGCACAGCGAGCAAGGAGACAGGUAUCGAGAACUUGCGAACCGGGUUGAUGAGGCACUUGGUUUCAUGCAUGCAGCUGGUUUAACGCUUGACCAUCCUAUAAUGCAGACAACUGAUUUCUGGACGUCUCAUGAGUGUUUGCUCUUGCCUUAUGAACAAUCACUGACAAGACUAGAUUCAACCUCUGGCCUUUACUAUGAUUGCUCUGCACAUAUGGUUUGGGUUGGAGAGCGUACCAGACAGCUCGAUGGCGCUCAUGUCGAGUUCCUUAGAGGCAUUGCCAAUCCACUCGGUAUUAAAGUGAGUAACAAGAUGGAUCCUGCUGAGCUGGUGAAGCUGAUUGAGAUUCUAAACCCUGAGAAUAAAGCUGGGAGGAUAACUAUAAUCACAAGAAUGGGUGCAGAGAACAUGCGUGUGAAGCUUCCUCAUCUGAUUAGAGCGGUACGUGGCGCUGGACAUAUCGUGACAUGGGUUAGUGAUCCUAUGCAUGGCAACACCAUCAAGGCUCCUUGCGGUCUCAAGACUCGUCCUUUCGACUCCAUCCUGGCGGAAGUGAGAGCGUUCUUCGACGUGCAUGAGCAAGAAGGAAGCCAUCCAGGAGGUAUACACUUGGAGAUGACUGGUCAGAACGUGACGGAGUGUAUUGGUGGGUCACGGACCGUGACGUUUGACGACUUGGGAUCACGUUACCACACGCAUUGUGACCCACGUCUCAAUGCUUCGCAGUCUCUUGAGCUUGCUUUCCUCGUUGCUGAACGGCUCAGAAGGAGACGGAUCAAGUCUCAAAAGGCUUUUGCUGUCUAA